AUGCCAGCCAGCCUGGUCUUCUCAAGAAUGCAUUGGUGCAGCACUUUGAACAGGCUGACUUCUGUCAGGUCACGAAAAUGUGGACUUUGCUUUUUGAACACCAUGAGACAACGCACAAACCAGGGCCCUGCAGAGAUAGUCCUGGACAAGGUGCUGCAUUGCUGGCUCAGCAUCUAUGUUAAAUACAAACGCCCUCAGUUUGCUGGCAACAAGAAAGACUACCUACUUAUGAAAGACAACAGCCUGCAAUUUAGUGCUGGCACUAUUGGAAAACAGAUCACCGAAAUAUUCAAAUCAGCAGGGGUGCGCCCUGACCAAAGAGUAACAAUGACAUCCAUCCGCAAAAUGCACUCCACUUCUGCUUUUGAUCUGUGUGCAGUGCUAAAAAGACUUGUCAACUACCACAUGAAGCACUGCAAAGCCACAGCGGAUAAGAACUACAUGUUACAGGUUAAUGCAGAUAGGAGUACAGGGGCGUACUCUCUGCUGAAAGACAUCAGGGUGGCCCAGGACAUGGCCAAAGAAGAUGCAUGCUCACUGGACAAGUUCGAAGUCACCUAUCUUCGCUGGUCUGAAGAGGCCAUGUUCCUGGGUGAGGCCCACCAAUCCAGUCAUCAACCCACUCAUUCAUUACAUACACUAUCUGGAGAGGAGGCAGGAGAGUGGUUAGACGAGAAGGAGCUGGCUCCUCCUCAGGAAGCUGGCUCUUCCUCAGGAGAACCCUACGAAGUUGCUAUCCAACAAUGA